GACUUGAUCCUCCCAUAGGCCAGACUCCAGACUCCAGACUCCAGACUCCAGCCCCACCCGCCCUCCUCCUCCCCUAUCCUGCGCACUCUUCUUUCUUUUUAGUUCUUCACCAUUUCUGCUUUAGGCUCCAGCUACUUCAGUUGAGAAACUCUUUAAGACAGACAUUGAUACAUAUCACUCGUUAUAGUGAGUGAAUAGGCCAAGCUUUCAUGGAUGACACCAUUAGUGACACUUGGAGACCUGAGUCCUUCCCUGUUAUUGGGUUCCAACCACCUGAGACACCACGAGAGCCCAUGGAGUUUCUCUCACGCUCAUGGAGUGUUUCUGCUCUCGAAGUGUCUAAAGCUCUUGCCCCUCCUUCCAUGCUUUUCAAGACUUCCAGCGGUGGAGUUCCCAUACUUGAAGAUAUCGCAGGGGAGGCUGAGGAAGCUGCUAUUGUUGCCGGGAAUCCCUUCUCUUUUGCUUCUUCUGCAACUUCCCAACUUGUCAUGGAGAGGAUAAUGUCUCAGUCGGAAGUGUCUCCGCUUACUUCGGGGAGGCUCUCUCACAGUAGCGGACCUUUGAACGGCGGGCAAAGCUGCGGCUCUUUGACGGAUAGCCCACCAGUCUCCCCAUCUGAGAUCGACGACGUCAAGCACGGUCGCUUGAACAACAUCGUAAGCACCCAGCACAGAGGCGGUGGAGGCGGAGGCGGAUGUGGAGGUGGUGGAGGAGGUUUUGGUGGCGGCGGGGGAGGAGGUGCUGGUGGAGGUGCUGGUGCUGGUGCUGGUGGAGGAAAGACUGUUGGGAGGUGGUUGAAGGAUAGGAGAGAGAAGAAGAAAGAAGAAACCCGAGCGCACAACGCCCAGCUCCAUGCUACAGUUUCGGUUGCUGGAGUUGCUGCUGCUGUGGCUGCUAUUGCUGCAGCUACAGCGGCUUCUUCUGGUUCCGGCAAGGAUGAGCAGAUGGCGAAGACGGACAUGGCUGUGGCAUCUGCUGCGACGUUAGUCGCUGCACAAUGCGUGGAGGCUGCAGAGGCAAUGGGUGCAGAGCGGGACUACCUUGCUUCCGUCAUUAGCUCCGCCGUUAAUGUACGAUCACCUGGAGACAUCAUGACUCUUACCGCUGCAGCUGCAACUGCUUUACGUGGGGCUGCGACAAUGAAGGCCAGGGUCCUAAGGGAAGUCUGGAACAUAGCUGCAGUGAUACCGGUGGAAAGAGGGAUGGGUAUGACUGGUAACAAUAAUAGUAGUAAUUCCAACGGUAGCAACAGUGGGGAGCUUGGCCCUGAAGAUAACUUCCUUGGCAUUUGCAAUCAAGAGCUUCUCGCUAGAGGCUGUGAGCUCCUCAAGCGAACUCGUAAAGGUGAUCUUCAUUGGAAAAUAGUAUCUGUUUAUAUAAAUCGGAUGGGUCAGGUAAUGCUGAAAAUGAAGAGCAGACAUGUGGCCGGGACCAUUACUAAAAAGAAAAAGAAUAUGGUGAUAGAGGUAAUCAAGGACAUUCCUGCAUGGCCUGGGCGGCACUUGCUGGAGGGUGGGGAGGAGCGAUGCUACUUUGGGCUGAGAACAGAGAUGCGUGGGGUGGUAGAGUUCGAGUGCAGGAAUCAACGAGAGUACGAUGUAUGGACCCAAGGAGUCUCUAGGCUUCUAUCCAUAGUAGCUGAACGGAAUGGCCGACACAACUGAGAAUUGGGGAA